UUUAUAGCUAUAAGUUGUAGAUACUAGGAAAACAAUUGAUCAUUACAUUCAACAAAAUUUUGGGAACAAAUAAGUAUUCCGAGUAUUCCUAAUCAAAAUUAAGGUCUAUGCAAUUAUAUAAUAAAUCAAUCAUGAUGAAUAUCGUUAUGAAGGUUCGUUGUUCCGCUUUGUUGAAUACCAAAGCAAACGGUACCGUCGUAACGAGUCUCUCGCGUGCAUCCUCUCACUUCGUCUAUACUCCAGAUGCAAAAGCUCCCGUAAAGGGUCCGACCAGCAAGAUGAAUAUGUUUCAGGCCAUCAACAAUGCUAUGGACAUCGCCUUAGAACGAGAUAGUUCGGCGAUGGUAUUUGGAGAGGAUGUAGCUUUCGGAGGAGUUUUCCGGUGUUCGAUGGGAUUGCAGAAAAAGUACGGAAAAGAUCGAGUUUUUAACACACCUCUGUGCGAGCAGGGCAUUGCCGGUUUCGCGAUCGGAGUGGCUAGUACCGGAGCAACGGCGAUUGCUGAAAUUCAGUUUGCCGACUACAUCUUUCCUGCAUUCGACCAAAUCGUCAACGAAGCGGCUAAAUAUCGAUAUCGGAGUGGAAAUUUGUUCGACUGCGGGUCGCUUGUUUUCCGAGCUCCAUCCGGAGCGGUUGGUCACGGGGCGUGCUACCAUUCGCAGAGCCCGGAGGCAUAUUUCGCUCAUACUCCAGGUCUAAAGAUCGUUGUACCACGAGGGCCAAACAAGGCAAAAGGAUUGCUUCUAUCUUGUAUCAAGGAAAAAGACCCAUGCAUUGUGUUCGAACCGAAAACUUUAUACCGAGCUGCGGUGGAAGAAGUUCCGGACGAAGCAUUCGAAUGUCCACUGGGCAAAGCUGACAUACUGAGAGUAGGCACGGAUGUGACCCUUAUCGGGUGGGGAACGCAAAUCCAUGUGCUAUCUGAGGUAGCUGAUAUGGCAAAAAAACAACAUGGAAUCAACUGUGAGGUGAUCGAUCUAGUUUCGAUAUUGCCCUGGGAUAAGGAAACUGUAUGCAAUUCGGCGAAAAAAACCGGUCGGGUUCUGAUUGCCCACGAAGCACCUCUGACUAAUGGUUUUGGAGCCGAAUUGGCUGCAACCAUCCAGGAAGAAUGCUUCCUUCAUUUGGAGGCACCGAUUGCGCGGGUCACCGGAUGGGAUACACCUUUUCCGCACGUUUUCGAACAAUUCUACAUUCCCGAUAAAUAUCGUUGCCUGGCGGGUGUGAAGAAGUUGGUUGAUUAUUGAGCAACGAAUUCGGGUUGCAAUUUUGCACAAAGUGAAACUUCACUCUAAAAUUUUCUGACGCUCAUUUCGAUUUUAUGAAUAGUGAAAUUGUUUGCAUUUAUUAGGUUUAGAGCGCAUGGGAUACAAUCAAUUGACGACAUUAUUUACACUGGAUUUAACUGAUGUACAAAAAUAAAGUGCCUUUUAUGAAUA